GUUUACAUGCCUGAACCCUGCGAUGAUGCGCAACGUCUGUAGUACCGUCGCAGAAAGUUGAAACAUAUUUGAGAGAAGCUCAAGUCGUGAACAAUCCGCGGUGUACCUUGAUCAUAAGCACACCUUAUGACCCUCUCUUCAUCGGAACACCACUGAGAACGGAUCAAAGCGAUGGCGCAAACCACUGGUCAAGCUGACGUUGAGAAACCGAGAGAGAAAUCGGUAGAAGAUGCCAAAAAGUGCGACCUCCCAGAGGCCGCCGUCAACGCGAUCACGAUCGUCGCCUCAAAUGCCCCCGAGCGCGCUCUUCUAUGGAAGCAAGAUAUCCGCAUAAUCCCCUUAUCGGCCGGCAUCUACUUCCUAUGCUAUCUCGACCGCGCCAACAUCGGGAACGCCAAGAUCCUCAACUCGUCAUCCAAGAACGAUAUGCAGACCGAGACGCGCAUGACAAACUAUCAGUUCAACAUAGCCUUGAUGAUCUUCUUGGUUGGAUACUGUCUAUUCGAAGUCCCCUCCAACAUAAUGCUGAAGAAAAUGCGCCCUUCGCGCUGGAUCGCCUUCCUCAUGUUUGGCUGGGGCAUCAUGACUAUCUGCCUGGGCUUCACGCACACCUUCGGCCAAGUAACCGGCGUCCGUUUACUGCUGGGCGCCUUCGAAGCCGGCCUUUUCCCGGGCCUCGUCUACUACUUGACCUUCUGGUACAAGAGCAGCGAGCGCAGCGUGCGAGUAGCCUUAAUCAUAGCCUCGGCCUCGCUGGCGGCUACGUGGGGGGAUGUAAAGGCUACCCUGACGGACUGGCGUUUGUACGGCCAUUAUGCCAUAUACUUCGCGGUGUCAUUGCCGUUCAGCUCGCUGUCACUCUUUACGCCCUCGAUUACGGCUGGUUUGGGUUAUCGGGAUCUUCGUGCGCAGCUUAUGACUGUGAUUCCGUAUGCCGUGACUUAUGUGGCUACCAUCCUUGUCUCUUGGUCCGGAGAUCAUUUCAACUCUCGGGGCCUGCAUUGCGCCGUUGCAUCCCUGGUAGGUGCAAUCGGGUUCUUGCUCUCCGCGGCACUACCAAAUGAUGAGUAUACGGGCCCGGUAUCGGCUAUCGGUCUGGCCGUCGCUAUUAACGUCAGCAUUGGCGCUGGGCUGGGGCAAAUUCCCGGAGUAUGGAUUUAUAAGGCGAAUGAAGCUAAGCGAGGGUAUCCUACCGGACAUGGAGUCAACUGCGCCAUGCUCUUUCUCGUUUCUAUCGGCGCUGUUGGUCUGAGAUUGUACUAUGGUCGAAGGAACAAGCGCAUUUUAAGCCAGGCUGUGGAGGGCGAAGAGGUCAGGCUGUUCAAGCUAUGA